AUGAAGAAGGUGGAUGAAUGGAGUAGGUAGAUGAAUACUAGGUAUGUGAGAGGCCCUGCUAAAAGAAUUGUAAAGGUCUCAGCCGAUUAGUUUUUAGGUUGCAUCGGCGACGAGGGUACUGCAUCUACGAUUCCCGGCGGCGGUAGACGGCACCUUACCACUUCGGCCGCCCCUAACGACCACACCAAGCGCGACAAGUAUCCAUCGGUGAAGACAUGGCCGCCUGCUUGCUUUUACUCUAUCAAUCCGCAAUCAGAUUUAGGGUUCUCGCGGACAGAUUUCGUCUAACCCUCUGAAACCGAACCCUAGUUAACAAGUUCAAAGAAUCAUAUAUCGAGAUGUGGGCCCUAGAGCAUACAAUGCUGCUGGCUACGUCUACCAGUCACCCGGCCUGUAACUUCAUUGACAGAAGAAUCGGCAGUGUCAUUCGGAGGAAGAUAACAUUAUCAUGCCCAAAUUUGUAUUACCCUAAAGUUUAUUUUCCUCAAAGAGCUCAGAUUCAUAAAGCCCUCAAGCCAUCCCAAUUACAGAGAUGUUAUGUGACUCCUACUACCAAUGAUGAGCCCCAUUGUGCAUCCGCAUCUAUAGAUGAAGAAGAAGAAGAAGUUUCUGCAAACGGUCGACUGAAUAAUGAAUCAGAAACCUUAUUCAGUAACUGGUCUCCUCCUAGGUACUUAUGGAGGGGGCUAUCCGUCCUAAUCAUGGCCGGGCAAGUGAUCAUACGGGUUGUAAAGGGAAAAAUCCACUGGAGAAACACCUGCCAGCAACUAGAGAGGGUCGGCCCUAAAUCCGUCGGGGUUUGUCUGCUGACCUCAGCUUUUGUGGGCAUGGCCUUCACCAUUCAAUUCGUCAGGGAAUUCACAAGGUUAGGGCUAAACAGGUCCGUCGGCGGGGUCUUGGCCUUGGCAUUCGCAAGAGAACUGAGCCCGGUCGUCACGUCAAUCGUGGUUGCCGGCCGCAUCGGCAGCGCGUUCGCCGCGGAGCUCGGGACGAUGCAGGUUUCCGAACAAACCGACACGCUUCGGGUUUUGGGUGCGGACCCCGUCGAUUACCUGGUGGCCCCGCGGGUGAUCGCCUCUUGUGUCGCUUUGCCCAUUUUGACCCUGAUGUGUUUCACGGUCGGGCUGGCGUCCAGCGCGGUCUUAUCCGACGGGGUGUAUGGGAUCAGUGUGAACAUAAUCUUGGAUUCGGCUCGGAGGGCGCUUAGGUCAUGGGACAUUGUGAGCGCGAUGAUCAAGUCGGGUGUUUUCGGCGGGAUCAUAUCCGUGGUGAGCUGCGCUUGGGGCGUGACGACCCUUGGGGGGGCUAAGGGGGUGGGAGAAUCGACCACUUCGGCUGUCGUCAUAUCUCUUGUGGGCAUCUUCAUAGCUGACUUUGCACUCUCUUGUUGUUUCUUCCAGGGUGCAGGUGACUCUCUGAAAAAUUGGGUUUGAUGCUUUUCUUUUUUAUAUGCUCACUUUUCUGAAGAAGAAGAAGAAGAAGAAGAAGAAGAAAUUCUUUAUGCAUCAUAGCUCAGUACUCCUUAGUAGUAGUGCGCAUCCAGCGCGCGACUCGCCGAUAAGCUCUUUUGUCUUCUUCAAAAGCUACCCCUACACCGAUAAGCUCUCUCUUUUGUGUAGGAGGAAAUUAAUUAAAGCUUCUUCAACCUCUGAAAUUCCUUCCUUUGUUUCCCUCUCUAACCAACCCUUCCACUGUGUACCAUUCCGUACUUUCUCCUUCUCCAAAAAUCCUUUUUUUUUUUAUUUAAAAAAAAAAAAAAAGAAGCUUCAACUAAUGGCGACUCAGAGGUCAGCUCCUAAGCGGCGGAGGUACUCUUCCCAGAAAGCCUACUGCUGAAUUUCAAAAAGACCCAUCUUUUUUUAUCUUUCUUCUUUUCCCCUCUGUACUUUGAGAAAUAAAUAAAAGCCCCAUCAAUUUCUUCAAGAUUAGAUUUUUAUGAUCUCUCUGACUUGGUUUCUCAAUGUCGUUUGACUUACGUUGAUAAAGACUUCGCCAUGAGGGCUAUUUCAAGGAUUUAC